AUGCCAUCGCCGAGAUGGGCAUCUGUGCCCAGCGGGUUCCACCUGUUAGAGAUCGUCGGCUACUCCCGCGCCAAAGACAUGCCCACUGGCGCGGCCCUGGAGUCUAGACCGUUCAUGGUUGGAGGCUAUCGAUGGUGUAUCCAGAUCUAUCCGAACGGUAGAUUCCCGGAGGAUGCCGAUUGCAUAGCUGUUUCUUUCGCUCUCAUCCAGGAUGUUGAGCACCCUGUGAAAGUGCACGCUGGGUUCAGUUUCAUCGACGAGGUUGAAAAGCAAGAUCCUAGGCAUGUUCGUACAAUUCAGAUAACUCAUGUGCCUGGCAAUUGCUGCAUGGGUUUCCCCAGACACAUCACAAGGGAAGCCUUCGAAAAGUCCGAGCAUCUCAAAAACGACUGUUUCACCAUCCGGUGUGAUCUCAUCAUCGUUCAGGAAGGGCUACAGGGCGUCAACGCUAGAGCAAACGCCGACUGA